AUGAAUUCUCUCAACUCAACCCUCGCCAAUGAAGACAACUCAACCACAAAUGAAGAAAUCGAGAAGAUGUCCCCUUUAAUGAUGAACAUAUUCUAUUGUCUGUAUGCCACAAUCUUUACACUGGCUUUUGUAGGAAACAUUUUUGCGCUCAUAACAUGCUACAAGACUUACAAAGUGACGACCUCCGUGUUAUUGUGCUUCAUCGCAAGUUUAGCUUUGGCCGACUUAAUGUUUACGUUAUUAUCCAUUUUUGAUUUGAUCGCCUUCAUUCAUCAUGGUGACUGGUUCGGUGGAGAUCCCGUGUGCAAGAUUCAGAGUUUUCUCAUCGAGUCCUGCUAUACCGUUUCUAUUCUAACCUUAGUAGCAAUCAGCUACGAGCGUCUGAAAGCUGUUUCUUCGCCCGUCUUGGCCCGUGCGCAGUCGACUGAUAACCGUUCACUAAUUCUCAAGAUUAUUUGGGUGAUUGGAAUUGUGUCCUGUACUCCUUUGCUGUACGCGUAUUCCGUGAAAAGAGAUGAAAAAAGUGGCCCGUCGUUAUGCCUCAAUGAUUACAUGGGAGAUGAUGGAAGACAAAUUUACUACGCAAUCCAAGCUGUGCUUCUGUUUCUGUUACCUCUGGGAUUUAUGAUCUGGGCGCAUGUCAGAAUUUUUCAACAUCUCUCGAACCAUGCAAGGACAAGAAUCAGUCUUCGAACGGAUUCCAGUGAUAGACUUCAACAGAAGAAAGUCACUAAAAUGUUGGCCAUAGUAACUCUUGUAUUUUUUAUCUGCUAUGGGCCAUUCAUGAUAAUACGCACUCUAAGGUACUUUUACGUGUAUAACGGAGAUGCUGUGUGGCGGCUGGGUCAAAUGAUGAUUUUUGGACAAGCUGCUGUGAAUCCCAUCAUCUACUGCUUUUGCAGCAAGCAGUUUCGUUUCUCCUACAAAGACUUGAUUCACUGCCGCGGCUUCCGGAAAACUGAUACACGAAAACCAAGGUCAUCUUCAACGAAAUCAACCUCAAGUGUUCGAUCACAGAAAACGUCUGGAAUGAACGAAUUUAGUGUAGGGCAGGUUAAUCAUGUUUAG